UUUAAGACGUUCUUUUCUAAAAUACGAAUUAAAAAAAAAUUUUUUUAGUAAAUUUUUUUCUUAUUUUGUUAGAAAGUUUUAGCAACAUUAUUCAACUUAAAAAACUGUAAAAUAAAUCUAUGUUUCAUCAAUUUCACUCAAUUUAAAACAUUAAGUGUAAAAAACACCCAAAAAACCUAGCGACGCUGAAUCGAUACAAAUCAAUCUGCUGAAUUAACUGCUAUACGCAACAACUCUUUAUAAUGGAAAAUAGAAAGUGCACAAAAAUCAAACUUGUUAUGUUAGUUGCAAUUUUGGCCGCCAUGGCCACGAUAUUAAGUUGGCUUAUAUAUGCAUUUUUCCUACAGAAAGCACCUUCAGAUGAUCAUCAACUAAUUCAUAUUCGUCAAGAAAUUGAUGAAUUUACUCGAGAAUUAUAUGAUUUGGAAGUGAAACACAAUCCCUAUUUGCUUAAAGUUAAUUUUCAGGGUAAAACUGAUACCAGCUCAAAAGAUGAUGUGGCACACAUACCUCUUUUACAGGUGAAUGAAACUGCUUUAUCAUUGCCUGAGUUAAAAACUACUUCAUUGUUGCGUCGUUUAUAUGAUAAUUAUGAACUGAAUACACUCGAUAACUGAAAUGUAACUUCAGAAGAAGAACAGGAAGAAAUGGAUUUCUUAAAGGCAAUUCUUGCUACUUCCGAUCAUGAACAAGACAAUGACUUUUUGAAUCGAAGCUGGUUCUUACCCUAUUCACGCAAACCGGGCGAUAACACUCUCAGCAGCACAGGUUUUGAACAUGUCUUCCUAGGUGAGCUACGUAAGAAAACUGUGCUCGGCUUACACAACUGGGUGUAUUUUAGUGAGCAAGAACGCCUAGGCCAUCUAGACUAUAAAGGCUAUAUUGAAAAGGAAACUCUAGAAGAGGGCUCCCAGUAUAUUGUCACAUUUCGCUCACAAUUUUAUAAUAAAACUAAAGCCUAUAAUGGCAUCUUUGUGGGUACUAGUCCUGAGCUGGAAAUGAGUUUAUAUACUGUUUGUUUUGUACUAAAAGCUGGAAAACCUUGUCACGUGCAAUUGGCUCGUUUGAAAUUUCAAAUAGUAACAUGGCCUUUGGAUUUUAAUGGCAAGAAAACUAUAGGUUCGGCAUAUGCUUCAAUUAAGGAAUGAAAGGGGAGGAGUAAGGA